UUUACUAGCGCGACGUUAUGGGCGCAAAAUGACCUUUGCAGUCGACGCGCCCUAAAGCCCCAAUAAACAACAAAAAAACGUUGCAUUCAUCUUGCCUGCCAAACUUAGUUGCUUAGCAAUCGCUGCUAGUUUCAGAGCAAUCUUUAAUGCGGUGUAGCUAGAGCGAGCCUUUGCCUUUUCUCGAACUUUGAGGUGAGGUCACUUGCUUACCUUGACGGUCUGACCCUAGAUGACCUAUGGCUGAACUUCUCCAGCUUAUGCGGUAAAGGUGUAUUCGCCGCCAUUUUGGGGAUGCCUAUUCGCGGAAAACCCUCAGGGCACGUGUAUACCCCCCCCCCCUCACGACGCCGACUAUCGCUGACUAUAUAGCUCUAUGCAUAUUUUUCAGGUCGUUUCGCCCAAUGGGCGAGAUUUAACCCUGUGCUGUUGCGCUCAGCGAUGACACGUUGACGAAUGGAUAGAUCACCGAACACAGGCGGCGUCGGCGUCGGCUCAUCGGCGCCCAUCUGUUGCCGGACGAGCCGCGCGGCCGGCCGACCUCUGCCGACUGCCAGGUCGAUCGGCCCGGCUGGUCACGUGAGCCCGCCGCCGCGCCAGCGCCGUGGUCACGUGUCUGUUCGUCGGCGUCUGCGCGCGUGCAUCAGCUGGCGAGGCAAGGUCGGCCCGGUCACUGGACUAGUGCGGCGCGACCGACGGCGGUGGGUGAGUGUGGUCGCGGCCGACGGGUCAGCGCGGCAAUGGCGUCGUGGUCGACGGCAGAUGGCGGUCAGCGCUGAGCCGAUCGGCGUCCAUGGCAGCUGCCGGCCCUGGCGACCCGUCCGACAGCGACCGAGAGCCGGGCACGCCGCUGUGUCUGGCGCUGCUGCGCUCCGCGUGUCACACGGUGGCCGCCGACGGCGCGCUCCAGUCGGCCGCCACGGGGCCGCCGGCCGCCGCCGUCAUCACCGACGGGCCGCGCCGCAGCCGCACGCUGGCCGACGCCGCCGACGCGGACGCCUUCUUCGAGUAUGACCUGGAGGGCGGCACAGCGGCGCCGGCGGCCGGACACGGCGGCGGCGGCGGCGACACGGGCUGCGCGCUCACCUCGCCGGCCGACCGGACGGACGGCAGCGGGGACCGCUCUCCGGGGGCGGCUGCCGCUGAGAACGGCCUGCGCCAGUCCGCCGCACAGCCCGCCGCGCCGGCCGCCGGCGACUGCGGCGAUGUUGAGCCCCGCCCGGACCGCCACCUGUACGAGAACCCGCUGGCCGGCGCGGUGCCGGUGGGUGCGCGCCACGUUACCAGCCGGCCCCAGCAGAGUCCCAGUGAGAAGGUGGACGCCUGGCUGCUCACCUGUCAGGAGGAGGGCGCCGAGAUGCCCUCCGAAGAGCUCUGUCCGCCGCCGGCCGCCGCCGACCUCCCGGAGGCGCCCGAUGAUGACACAGAGGACGCCCUGACGGACGCCGACGAGCUCGAUAUCGGCGAGCUGCUCAGCCGCGGCUGUCAGCUGCUCGAGCUCGAGCUGGAGCAGCCGGCGGCCGGCCAGGACUGUCGGCCGGCGGAGACCGAGCUCGCCGCUCCGGACGGCGGGGACGGCGCCGAGAUCGGGUCGCCGCAGGACGACGACACCACCACCGGCUCGGAGAGCGGCGUGUCGUCCUCAGAGUUCCUCGCGCCGGACCAGUUCAAGAAGCGCAGCUCCUCACUCAAGUCGAGCAAGACGCCGCCGCUCACGCCCGGCCGCAAGAAGUACGUGCGGUUCGCGGACGCGCUGGGCCUGGAGCUGCAGCAGAUCCGCACGUUCCGCGACGAGGCGCCGGCGGUGCCGCGCUCGGCGCUCCCCGGCGCCGACUCGGAGCUGCUGGCCGGAUCGCCGGACUCGCCGCUGUUCGGCCUGGGCCCGCGGUUCGGCGGCGCCGAGCCCGUUGGCCAGCGGCAGCUGGUGCCCAUGUUUCUGCAGCCCUCCAGCGGGCUGGGCUUCGAGGAGCGGCUGCGCCGAGACAAGGUGUGUCUGAUCGGAGUCACCACCCACCAGGAGGACUGGUCGGUGCGCGGCGUGGUGCGCGUGCUGAACAUGGACUACUACAAGUCGGUGUGCGUGCGCUACACGCUGGACGAGUGGCGCACUUGGUCGGACGCGACCGCCAGCUACGUGCAGGGCUCGUGUGACGGGUUCGCAGACCGGUUCCACUUCACCCUGUAUUGCAGCACGCUGGCGGCCGGCCAGCGGCUACAUUUUGCCAUUGUGUUCCGCUGUCUGGGACAGGAGUUCUGGGACAACAACCACGGCAACGACUACACGGUGUUGUGCGCGCUGCAGCGGCCGGCGCCGCCCGAUAGCUGGGGCGCGUCGCGCUUCUGACCCUUCGCUUGGCAGCGGUCGGCCGGCGACACCGCCGGCUCGGCGACGCUGCGCUGAGGCGAGUGGAGAGCGGGCACCGGCUCUCCACCCACCCAGCGGGCGGCGGGCGGGCUGUGGACCGCCACCAGUCGGUAUCUUUCCUCUCCAGGGAGGCCCGCACCCGCCCGCCGGAGUCGGUGCGGCGACCGACCCGCUGCCAAGCGUUCAGAUCUGGCCAGUGAUCUGGCUGUGUGUGUGUGUAUGUGCUCGCGGACGGCGUUGUUGUCUGUUGUGCCGGUCUCACCGGGUCGUGGCCGCGCCGGGUUUGUCGAUGACGUGAACUGUGAUAGCACAGGGCUGAACUGGCCGAGCGCACAGCUGGCCUGGUGUCUGAAGGGGACUGUGGCCGGCGGCGGCCCACUGCGAGCGCCAAAGGACGGACGGCGAGAGGAGGCCUAGCUUGUCCGCGCAGGCUUCCUAAUCCAGCAUACAUUGUGUUACAGCGUUGUUGUCCUCAGAGCUUUAAUGCCAAGCAAAUAACAGUGACGCAUACCAUGCAUAUUGCAUAGCAAUGGAGAGCUGCCACGAAAUAUUACGAAUAGUUAAUGAGUGUAUUCCUAGUUCAAUACAACAGGGUGACCAGUG